AUGUCUUUCCGCAAUGAAACGGGAGCGAAUUCACUUCCCCCUAGUUGCCUCAGAGAAAUUAUUAAUAUCUCAAAGGGUGAUCUUAAGACCCUUCAUUCUUGUAUGUUCGUGAAUCGACAAUGGUGUGAAAUUGCAGUCGAAAUUUUUUGGAGAAAUCUGUGGUCUUACCGUUAUCACGUUGGAUUUCUUGAUGGUGCACAUUACUUUUGGAAGGUUGUCCUCCGGACAUUGAUCUCCUGUCUUCCAAAUGAAUCCAAGGAUUUUUUGAAUGCCAACGGUGUCACAAUACCAUGGUCAAGCUACAACAGGUCACCGUUAUAUGACUAUCCUAGUUAUUGCAAUUCAUUGGAUUGCUUCGCUGUAUCAAACAUGAUCGAAUCGGCUCUUUGGGAAGCCCUUCAGAAUGAUCGUCCUCGAAGAUUCUUGUACAUACAACAUCUCAUGGAGCAAGAGAUUUGCAAACUGUUCAUAAGUCGCUGCGGCACAAUUUCCAAUGUUACCUUAGAUUACAUACCAAUCCCGUAUUUUCCAGGUGCCGGUACCUGUUUUUCGCAAUUAUCAGUGCUCUACUGUCACACCGCGGUCCCGGAGAUGCUGUUCUACGCGAUGGCCCAAAUCUGCAAAAGUAUUCAAAAGAUGUUCAUCGAAUUCUAUGAGGAUGAUAACCUUGGUCUGUCAGCUUUGGUCGACGUGCAACAACAUUUAAGUUACCUCAGAUGUAAAGGCGAUGAAAUUGCAGACAUUCAGAGUUUCCCUGCUAUCAUCGAUGUAAUAAGGACGAACUCAUAUUCAUUCGUUCACCUAGACAUUGUGCAUUUCCUGUGUAUUCAACCCGCAAUAAUUUCCACGAUGUUGAAUCUGAAAACAUUGAAGAUUCGACUUGACAAAAUGCCUCAUAGUGAUGUUUGGGAGGAGCUCGCGUCUGUCCGAUUGCCGAAGCUUGAGACCCUUCAAAUUACGCUGGAUUCGUUGCGGCUAGAAUCACUACAACCAUUAAUAGCCAACAACAGUGGAAUGCUUAGUACAUUGAUACUUGAUUUCAAACCAAAAGUCAACAGAUCAGCAACUUUCAAUGAAACGAUCGCGCAAUUUUGUCCAAAUCUAAAGUUUCUCGUUACGUGGUUUCUCAAUGAAGAAUUUGACGUUCUGGAAGAACUAUUUUCCAAGUGUCAAAACUUGGAAAGAUUAAUGCUUCAAGGGACCAACGGUUCGACUUUGGAUGGAGUACGAUUAUUCCGGUUGAUGAGUCAAGUCACGACACUAAAACUGAUGGCAUUAGGCUUAAAGGGAGGUUGGAGUUUUUCCAAGGAGGGUUUAAAGACCUUCUUCGAAGGUUGGAAAUCAAAGGGAAAUGUGAUCACCUUGUUUUUCGAUGAAAAAGCGAGAUUAAGAGCAGAUUUCAUCGAACUCAUUGAAAAAUAUUUUAAAAAGGGAGUUGUGAAGAAAUACAAAGUUGCACCAUUUCGUUGGAAUGAGUUCUGCUGA